UUGCCCGCAGCGUCACGAGGUCACGAGAGAGUUCACUUUCGGUUCCCUGGUAAGAAUGGUCGAAGAACAAUUCUUCCUCCCCUUUUCCCUUCCCAUCAUGGCUACCUCCAUGGAUCAGUCCACUGUUCUAGAAGAUGAGCUCACCUGUCCGGUGUGCUUGGACCUGUUCCGGGACCCCCACCUGCUGCCUUGCGGCCACAACUUCUGCCUCCUCUGCGUCCGUCGCCUCAAACGCCAGGCAGAGCGAGGUCGCUUCCGUUGCCCAGAGUGUCGCGAGAGCCACCGCUGCUCCGCGGCCUCGCAGAAGAACUUCAAGCUGGCCAACAUCGCCGACGACUACCGCCUCCGGGGACAGGCAGCGUUGUCAAGACCACAACAACCAGAUGGUGGCCGCCCGGCAACAGCCAAGACCCUUGUGUCCGUGCCCUGUGACUACUGCCGUCCAGGGGACAUUAGCGAGGCGGGGAAAGGGGAACCUGGAGCUCCCGGGGCUGGAGGAGAGGUGGUGUUAGCGGUGAAGACGUGUCUGAAAUGCGAGGUGUCCAUGUGUCAGGAGCAUGUGAAGCCCCACUUGGAGCUCCCUGCAUUUAGGGAGCACCUCCUGACCGAGCCCCUGGGAGACCUGAGGAAGAGGAAGUGUCCCGAACAUGAUGAGAUGUACCGCUACUACUGCAUGGACGACAGGGUGUGUGUCUGUAAUGCCUGUACCAUAGAAGGGGGCCACGCCGGACACACCAUCAAGACCCUGAAGAACACCAUGAAGGGUCUGAAGGGCAUUCUGGAGACCCAGCUACAGAAGGUGGACAGGAAGUUGAGCAAAGCAGAAAAAACUCUCCAGGAGCAGAAAGUGGAGGAACAAAUUAACAAGAAGUUCCUGGAGGACUCGGACCAGCGGAUCAUGGCGGUGGGGGAGGUGUUACAGGUCCACCUGGAGGGCUUCCUCACAGCCUUAAGGGACUGUACCCGCUCCCAAGAGAGCGAGUGUGGCCCCAACAUCCAGCGGAACAUAGCCAAGGUGGCCCAGGACCACGCUCGUCUGCAGGAUGUCCACAGCAGAAUCCAGGACCUCGCCCAGGAGAACGACCCCUUUCGCUUCCUAGAGGCAUACAAAUCAUCAAGCAAAAAUUUCUGCAGGCAGUUGAAGAAGCCCCUCUUCUACCCAGAGUAUGUUGGUGUGGACACUGAAGGCCUGGCCGAGGCCCUGGAGGUUAAGCAGGAUGACUUCCUCACUAAUGUACGCUCCUGCAUCUCUCAUUUCAUCGACGAUAUAUGUCCUUCAGUCAGGGAAGACCCGGACACCGGAGGAGAGGAGGAGGAAGAGGAGGAUGAAGAUGACGACGACGACGACGAGGAGGAUGGCAGUGAUGGAGAUGAACAAGAGGAGGAGAUGAGCGAGGAAGAGGAGGGUAUACACGACCACGAGUCAGCAGACGAGCUCUACGGUGAGGAAGAUGAAGAGGAGAUUUAUUCGAACUGAUGAAAUGACUGGGGUGAAUCGUCAAAUCCAUUCUUUCAUUUAAGUCAAACUUUCUCUCAUAGCCUCCCACUGACAUCAAUAUUUGACUGUAAAAAAAAAAUGCUUUGAAUUUAGGAUUUUCCCAACCAUUUUGGGAAACCUUUCAAAUAUUAUACAUUCUACAUCUACACAUCAAUGUUUCGAAGGGGAGAUGUUUAUGGGUGCAUGGCACCAAAUUUCCUAUAUAGUGCACUACUUUUGACCAGGCUUUGGUCAAAAGUUGUACACUAUUUAGGCCAGGGCUAUUCAACUAUAUUCGUACAGAUGUAAAAAAAAAAAGUUCAUUGCAGGGGGGGCAGACAUUUUCCACAUGCGUUUAUUCUAAGGAAGAACUGUUUAAAAAAGAAAAGCACACACCAAUAAAGUACUUUUCUUAAAUUGUUGCUAAAAUGAAUUAGGAAAGAAGUGGAUGUCGCUCAACCAAUGUGAUUAGAGGUGCAACCCAUAAAUGUAAUCAUUGAAAAGGAAAAGGCGCAAUGAUCGCUCACCAUUAAAAGCUUCUUAAAAGAAAUUAGGUCAUUUUAAAAUCUGAAAACGAAGUAUCUCAAAAAAUAACACAAAGAUAUGUCAAGUCAGGUAAUGCCAAAUUCCAGUCUGAAGGAAGUAUGCUUUGAAUUUAUUUCCCUCAGUCAUUUGGUGCGUUUUUUUUGUCACACUUCUAGCAAGUCCUCGUGGGCAUCAGAAGGCACGUACGUGUGCUUAGCUUUCAGKAAUGGGGUCAAAAAGUAUUUGUUCCCUUAAACCGUUAAAAUGCUAGAGCCAAAUUCAUAUAAAGAAAGAAGAAUCCAAAUGUCACAUAGGUGCUAGAAACCAUAGUGCUUGUCAUUUUGGCACUGAAUGUCGGAUUUACACAAUUGAUCAAAGGGCCAGUCUAAAUAAAUAAACGGGCCAGAUCUGMCCCGCAGGCCACCAGUUGAAUAGCCCUGAUUUAGGCAGUAGGGUACCAUUUGGGAUGAAGACUAUAUUUUUGUAGUUCAAGAUUAUACUGUUAUAGCUAAACACUGGGUUUCUAAUUCUAACCUCAAACUGUUUUAUUUUUUGACCAAAGCACUUGUUCCUAACCUGACUGGUGUGCCAGYUGGGUGGGGUUUGCAGUUUUAGAUAUAUUCUAUUGGUUGCAUUAAACUAGGCAAACUCAAUCAAGUACAGUAUUUGAAAUUAUUUUAAAUGGUUUUUAGACCCAGGUCUGGGGCCAUAGUCAUAAAACACCUCAGUGUAGGAGUUUUGCCUUUUUAGAUCAUAAUUAAUAAGUUAAUAUUGACAGGGGGAACCUGUUCCUAGAUCUGAAAUCCUACUCUGAGACGCUUUAUGAAUACAGGACCUGGUCUAGUAUAUAGUGCAUUCCGGUAAGUAUUCAGAGACCCCUCGACUUUAUCCAUAUUUUUGUUACAUUACAGCCUUAUUCUAAAAUGUAUUAAAUUAGUUUUUUCCCCCCUCCAUUAAUUUACACAA